UCAGCCCAGACCAGCAGACAACAUGGCAGCCGUCGGAAGGAAAGCCCUCCUCAGCAUCACCUCGCUGCGUCCUUUGGUGACUGCCUCACAGGCCCGAGGUCUCCAUGGCGUUGCUCCUCUCACGUCGGCUAUUCAAGCUCCUGUGAGCAAGCCGGAGGGCAGGACCACAGCCACCUUGAUCCCUGGUGAUGGUGUGGGGCCUGAGCUGUGCCAGGUCGUCCUCGAUGUCUUCCAGAACGCUGGCGUGCCAGUGGAUUUUGAGGAGCACUACCUUACUGAGCUUUAUGCCAGGAGGUCAGAGAGCCUUGAUGAUGUAGUGGAUAGCAUCAAGCGGAACCGCCUCUGCCUCAAGGGUAUUCUGGCCACCCCCGACCACAGCUCAGAUGGUGAGCUCAAGACUCUUAACAUGAAGCUCAGGGAUGAGUUGGACUUGUAUGCCAAUGUCGUUCACGUAAAGUCCCUUGAUGGCAUUAAUGUCCGGCACAAGAACAUCGACAUGGUGGUUAUCCGUGAGCAGACUGAGGGUGAAUACUCAGCCCUAGAGCACGAGAGCGUUUCAGGAGUGGUCGAAUGUCUGAAGAUCAUGACCCGCCAGAAGUGUCGACGCAUUGCCAAGUUCGCCUUCGACUAUGCCACCAAGCACGGCCGCAAGAAGGUGACAGCAGUGCACAAGGCCAACAUCAUGAAGCUUGGUGAUGGCCUCUUCCUGAAGCAGUGUGAAGAGGUGGCAGCCAUGUACCCAAACAUCGAGUUUGCCAACAUGAUUGUGGACAACUGCACUAUGCAGAUGGUUUCCAAUCCGCACCAGUUCGACGUCCUGGUACUGCCCAACCUCUAUGGCAACAUCAUUGACAACCUCGCAGCUGGUCUUGUGGGGGGAGCUGGAGUUGUGGCUGGAGCAUCAUAUUCCAGUGACUCUGUGGUGUUUGAGCCUGGUGCACGUCACACCUUCAGUGAAGCCGUUGGUAAGAAUGUUGCCAACCCAACGGCCAUGUUGCUUGCCUCGGCAAACAUGCUCAAUCACAUCAAUUUGCAGUACUAUGGCGACAUGAUCAGGUCCUCAGUCGACCGUGUCAUUCGAGUUGGGAAGGUGAGGACGAAGGAUAUGGGUGGUUUUGCCACAACCACAGCCUUCGCAAAUGCAGUCAUCGCCAACCUCCAACCGUGAGAGUGAGGCGUGUAAAGGCCAGAAGAACUUGAUAUCACAAUGACACUAGUAUUCAUAAAAAUAGUUAAAAGACGAUAGUAUUAUAUUGUAUAUAUCACUGCUACACCUUAGAUUAUCAUAUCUGUGAGGGCAGAAUUGUGACUGUGAAGCUUGUCUAGAAGUGUGGAUGAGCAGUAGCUCCUUUAUUUAUUAACUAGUGUGGAUAAUUAGUUAUUACUUUGUCACAACAAUAGAUUGAAUUGAGUGCAUGGCAACUAAUAUAGUUGGGUUACUGUUACAAAAAAAGGCUUUAAAAAAAUCUUAGCACACACUUUGAACCAAAUAAUAUCUACCUAAAGACUUGAUCUCUCAAUUCUUUGAAAUUCCAGACUGUUUUGAUGUUUAUGUUUAUAACCUUAAGUGUUUGUGUAGGGUCCAUUCAAGAUAGCUCCUUUUUUUUUAAGCAAGGAUAGAUAACAAUUUAUUUUCCACCAUGUAAAAAGGAUACAUGUUGUUGAUCUCAUAUUAGAGAAAAAUGCACUUAUUUGCCAUAAUAUUUUAUAGAUAUUUAUCCUUUUAUGGACAUCUAGUCAAGAAUGUACCAAGUGCUGCAUGUUUGAAAGACUUAACGAAUUAAAAUAUAGUGGUAGACAUUUUAUUUUUAUUAAUAUUUCCUUUUUUUUUUUUUUUUUUUUAAUCUUUGUGUCUCCUCUGUAACAUGCCCUCAAAGACAUAGAUCUCAAUCCCUCUUUUUGUUUUUAAUCCUUCUGACCCAGGUACGAACCAAGGACUUGGGAGGACACUCUACCACCUUUGACUUUUCUCAGGCCGUCAUUUCAAACUUGCGGAAUUGAGAAUUAAGAGUGGAGCCGGGUUGGUAAUUCAUCAUCAGACCACCUUCUUCAGUGUGCAAGAAAUCUCAAAUUUUAUAUAUGUAAAUCUAUUUAAAGUGUUCAUCCGUUGUAAGAAUGUCAUGCUGUAGGAUCUUGUUUUCUGAUAAGAAUGCAUUUUUGUAGCAAAUUCAAGGGAGAUCUAAAAUGUCAUUGUUUCUCUCAUAAGAGUAGUGUGUGGUAUACAGAGAUCAGUUUGUUUUUUUUCACUUGUAGAGAAAGACAUUACUUAAGGCGAGUCAUUGUCUACCUAACUUAUAGAGGAUUAUGGUUAAUUAGCUGUGGUUAAUGAUACGUGGGUAUUUUCAAAUGCACUUCUUUGUUACUAUUGAAGGUUGCAGAUCUAUCUUUGUAUAUUAGAUAUUAAUAGAGGGCAGUUUGCCAUUAUUAUAAUGUAGUGUUGAUGUUAUCAUUACAUUUCUAUUAUUGUUAUUUUUUUAUUAUUAUUAUCAUCUUAGUCAUUAUCAUUAGCAUCAGUUGAUAAUUUGGAAAAUGGCUGGACCACGUGAAACACUGAUUUUAAAUCAAUCUAAAUAUUUUUUAUUUUAUUUUUUUGAUAAAGGAGCUGAUUUUACUGUUCAGGAUUUUGGUUGAACAUGUACUGUCUUAGAGAUAUGAUUAUCUAUAGAUUGUCAAGACAGUAUGAUAAUAUGAAUGUCCUGCAUUUACAAAAAAAAAUGUUUUGUGUAUAUAUGAAAUCUGUGUAAAUAUAUUACAAAUAUGGUUAUAUUAA